AUGAUGGAAAAUGAAGACGGCGUGGCAGAACACUAUCACCAUCCUGACAGCACAGCGAAGCCAGUGCUGCGCUGUUCCAAGCCUGCAGAUGUUGCCCACGGAUCCCUCCGUGGCCCGACAAAGGCAUUUUUCUCUCCUGGAACAUCUGUAAGCUACACCUGUGAGCCUGGCUUCUCUCUCAUUGGGACAGCGUCCAUUUAUUGCACACGCUCUGGAGCCUGGAGCCAUCCUCCUCCGGUCUGUCAAGUUGUGAAGUGUCGCCAUCCUCCAAGCAUCAUCAACGGGAAGCUCAAAGGCAACAUCUCUGACACUUUCUCCUAUGGAGCAUCUGUAUCCUACAGCUGUAAUCCUGGUUAUUCACUCGUUGGGAAUGCUUUCAUCAACUGCACAGUCUCAGGAACCUGGAGCCAGCCUCCUCCUCAGUGCAAAGAGAUCAGAUGCGUAUUCCCAGAAGUUCAAGGUGUUAAGAAAGCCAUAAAAGGAAAUACUUAUCGCUCUGGGACUAACAUCACUCUUGAAUGUGAUGAUGGCUACACGUUGGAAGGCAUCAGUCAGAUUCAGUGCCAAGAGGACUUCAGCUGGGACCCUCCCAUACCAGCCUGUAAACUGACAUCACACAAGUCUGGUUCAGUAGGCCUAGGAGCCGCAGCUGCAGGGGUCCUGCUUCUCCUGGGGACAGGCAUUGUCUGGAAAAUUAUUUCUAAGCAGAAGGAAGGCUACUAUCGUACGUAUGAAAACUACAGUCACCAAACCCCUCUGGACCAGAGAACUGAACAGAAAUGUUCAUGUCUUCCGCAGAAGACCGUGUGUUGCUUUUUCCUUCCUCUGACUCUGACAGACACGUGUGAUCCCCCGGACAGGCUGCAGUAUGCGGAGCUCGAGGAGCGUUUCAGCAUGAUGUCGAGAUUUCCUGUUGCAACCACGGUGUCGUACGUCUGCCGGCCGGGGUAUAUGCGAAUCCCCGGAAGAUCGUUAGAUCGUACGUGUGGUGAAGACUUACAGUGGUCACCCACAGAGCAGUUCUGUACGGAGAGAAAGUGUAACCAUCCAGGAGAAUUAGAACAUGGUUUUAUUAACGUGACGGAUCUUGCAUUUGGUUCAACAGCUACUUUGUCUUGUGAAGGAGGAUACAGAUUACGUGGAACUAAUGAAAUUUCCUGUGUAAUUAAAAAUAAAGGUGUUGACUGGGACAGAGAUCUUCCUUUCUGUGAAAGAGUUCCUUGUGAACCACCUCCACGUAUAGCCAACGGGCGCUACACGGAAGCAGAUAGCUACGUUUAUCAAACAUCCGUAACCUAUACAUGUGAUGAUGUGAAAAACGGCGAGGAUCCCUUCUCGCUGAUUGGCCCAUCUACUAUUUUCUGCACAUAUGAUGCACACUCAAAUGGAGUUUGGAGUGAACCACCUCCACAAUGUAGAGUGGUCAAAUGUGAUAACCCAAAAAUAGAGAACGGAAGGAAAAUAACUGGAUUUGGACCUUCUUAUAGCUAUAAGAACUCAGUCAUGUUUCAGUGUGAUCCAGGCUAUUUCAUGAUCGGACAGGAUACAAUUACCUGUGAAGCAAAUAAUGCCUGGUCUCCUUCAAAGCCAACUUGUGAAAAAAUUACUGAAGCUGUAUGUGGUGCCCCAAAGAUCACAAAUGGAGUAGUGAUUCCGGCGAAAUCGGUAUAUGAAGGAGGAGAGACUGUUCAGAUAAAGUGCAGUGCUUACUGUACUUUUCCUGAUGGCACUGAAGAGAUGACAGUAACUUGUAAAGGACAGAAUAUAUGGAAUUUUUUACAGGACUGUACAUGUGGACCUAUAAGUUCUGGUUUCACUCCAAAAAUAAAUCAUGGUAGAGUAACUGAUGGACAAAAACCGUCAUAUUCUGUCGGGGAUUUUAUUACAAUUGAAUGUUACGCAGGCUACACGUUACAUGGUGAAGCUCGUAUUGAGUAUGCUGGAGAAAACCGAUGGAUUCCUGGAGUGCCAACUUGCCAGCUGAGUGCGUAUAUUACGGCCAUCAUCUGUGUGAUUGUGGCAGUUGUGCUGUUCCUGGCAGCCUUUUGGGUCUAUAAGAAAUUCUGUUCACAAAAUGGGAAAUGUGACAGCACUCCAUAUUCUGCCGAAUAUAAGACGUGUAAAGCAUGA